AUGCGUUUCUCUCGAUCUCUCUCCAGCCCCUUCACGCCGCUGGAAAUUCGGCGUGCAGGGAGGGCGGCGCACCGGGACUCUGCAAAAUUGCAGAUCUUGAUGGAGCAAUGGGCCAGCGCCAAUGGCGUCUGGUCCCAAAGCGAGUUUUACCUCCAGGUAAAGCAAAAAAGGAAGCAUCGCUCCUAUGGCAGCCGACGCUGGCUAACGAGAGGAGAGUUGCUGCAAAAAUACGGCGAUAGUGCAGUGGUCGAUGCAAUCAUUGCAGCCAAGAUGGCUGAUCCGGAGGCUAGCAAAUCUCAGGAGACUCGGCAAUACUUGGUGUGGGACAAGGAAGGCGAAGAAGACACGAUGGAUGAUGUCACCACACAGUUGUUUGAAGCUGCUGAUGCAGCUGAGGACGAGGAACCAACCAAGAAGACCAAGAAGGCUUCAGGCAAGUCAGGGAAGAAGCAGAAGGCAUCACACAAGAAGAAGAAGAAGCAGGCUAAGAAGGGAGGCAAGAAGAAGAAAGCUAAGAAGUCUUCAUCUUCGUCUACUCAAAGCAGUUCAAGCAGCAGCGCUUCCAAUGAUUCUUCGGAUGAACCUGACUCAUCUGAAUCUGAGGAUGAUGCCAAGACCAAGAAACCUGCUACCAAGAGGAAGGGUUCUGGCACUGGUGAUGAGAACCAAGAUCGGGCAGAUGCAGGGAAGAAACUAACAGAAGAACAGAAGAGAAAGAAGGCGGAGAAGGAAGCAGACAAGAAGAGGAAAGAGGAGGAGAGAAAGAGGGAGCAGGAGAAAAGGAAGGCUGAGAAGGAGAAGGAAGACAAGUUGAAGAAGGAACAGCGGAGUGCAAAUCAGGUCAUCACCAAGCUUGGAUCCAACAUCCAGAGAGGGACCAGCCUUGACGACAAGCUCUCGAAGAUGUCUGGGCCUUGUGCGCUGCCGGGUACCAGAGAACCUUCAGUGCCACACACCUUGCACCAGCACUAUGAUGAUGUUGCAACCUCUGUUGCUGCAACCAUGAAGCGGGUGCGGAACCAGGUCGCCGAGCCUUUGGUGCAAAGGGUCAAGAAGAAGAAUGGCCAGAACCUGUUCACUGCAAAAGCCUUCAAUGGCCGCUGCAUCCUGAGCUGGCUAGCAGACCGCUUGAUGACAGCUGUGGAAUCACACCCGCAGCACCAGAUUUUGAAUUUGACCAGUUCAGCCAUGACCCUUGGCUGGAGUGCGUUGGCGAAGUUCAUGUACUUGAUGGAGUGCAACGGCCGAUAUUUGACGCAUGGCAGUGGAUUGGGUGUUGGGAUGCUUGCUGGGACUCAGCUGAGACAGAGCGCAUGGCUCAUGAAGCCGAAACAUCAUGAUGAGAACAUUGAAACACUGUGCUUCUCGCAGGAGGUGUCCCUCCACCGAGCUGCACUUCGUCCCUGGCCCAAGGGCGCUUUCCGACGGGAGUUCAAGUCUUUGGAUGAAGAGGUCAUGUAG